AUGAGUACCAUGGAGAACACCAUUCUGAAAGCCCUUGUGGGAAGCGAGGUCAUUAAAUCUGAUGUAUUGGCUCAGGAACUGGGAGUUGAUCACCAGGUGGUCGUUGGUGCCAUUAAGUCGCUGGAAGCAGGUGGUUAUGUAACGAGUGAAAUAGAGAAGAGACCCACGUGGAAAUUAACCGCCGAAGCAAUUAAAAUUUGUGAGGAGGGAAGCCCCGAGUUCCAACUUUGGGAACUACUCGCGGCAGGGGAGAUGCCUCAGGAUGCCGUCGCAGGGAAACUAGGCCGAGAUGUCACGGCUGUUGCACUGUCAAAUGGUAUGAAGACAAAAACGUUCGUGUUGAGGAAAGAAGAUGGAAAGGUAAUUAUCAACCGCUCUCCAAGCGUGUCAUCCUUCCGGGAUACAACACGUCUUGUUCUUUCCGACGCAGCCCGCAACCAACACAUUGAUCCCAAAGAUGGUGACAUGCUCAAGAAGCGCAAACUGGCAACACUUGAAGAUAUAAAAGUGUUUAGUGUUAGACGUGGGCCCAGUUUCGCUCCAGAGGUUCGUGGAAAGGCCGCCGGGGACCUUACGAAGGAGAUGCUACUGGACGGUUCGUGGCGGACGACAGAGUUUAAGGCAUAUAACCUGGCUGCUGCUGGCCGUGAGGUGAGUUGUGGGCAGCUUCAUCCUUUACUGAAAGUACGACAGGAAUUUCGGGAGAUUUUUAUGGAGAUGGGCUUCCAGGAGAUGGAGACGGACCACUGGGUGGAGUCCUCCUUCUGGAAUUUCGACUCUCUCUUCAUCCCGCAGAACCAUCCUGCCCGUGACAUGCAGGAUACCUUCUUCAUUUCAAAACCCGCCACAAGCGAACUAAAGCAGCAGGACGUUGUGGAGAACGUGCGGAAGAUGCACGAAAAGAACUUUAAGUACACAUGGAAGGAGUCAGAAGCACGACGUAAUGUAUUGCGUACCCACACAACGAGUUGUUCAGCUUUCUGGUUGCAUCACUUGGCGCGCAACUCACCACUUCUACCAGAUGGCCGGCGCGCAUUCCGACCAGGGAGGUAUUACAGCAUUGACCGUGUCUUCCGCAAUGAGGAAAUGGAUCGUACGCACCUGUGUGAGUUUCACCAGAUUGAAGGAUGCGUUAUUGAUCGCAAUAUUUCUCUCGCCAACAUGAUGCACACCUUUGAACUGUUUUUCCGUCGGAUAGGUGUGGAGCGCCUACGUUUCAAACCAGUGUUUAAUCCCUACACGGAACCGUCCAUGGAAAUAUUUGGUUGGCACACGCAGCUGAAACGUUGGAUCGAGGUUGGAAACAGUGGAUUGUUUCGCCCAGAGAUGUUAGUGCCGCUCGGUUUCGACGAAGAUGUUACUGUUAUGGCGUGGGGGCUUUCACUGGAGCGGCCCACAAUGAUUAAAUACGGCCUCUCAAGUAUUCAUGAACUUUUUGGACAUAAGGUGGAUUUGCGUUUCAUCAGGAACUCAAAGCUAAUGCGUUUUUAG